AUGUCAGGUGUUAAUAUCUUCCAGCAGGAGAAAGCAUCGAAACGUAAUGAAAUCAUACAGAGUACUAUUGAAAUCUCUUCUUCCAUAAAGAACCCCGUAUAUCUAGAAUUUUAUGGAAUAAACUAUUCCGUACCUAAAAAGAACAAGAGUGACAAUUCAAUUAAUAGUGGUUGGAACCGUUGGUUAUCCUUUACGAAAUUAUUUCGAACAAACAGACGGGACGAGGAGAUCGGCAUGUCGGAACAACAAAUCCUUCAUAACAUCCAUGGAUGUGCCAAUCCUGGUGAAAUUCUAGCUAUAAUGGGCCCUUCAGGUUGCGGAAAGACUACUUUGUUAAAUAUAUUAGGAGAUCGUGUGAAUAAACAAGGGGUCACUGGCACAAUAAGGAUGAACGGGCAUAAACCGACGAAGGAAUCAAAAAGAUUUGUAGCUUAUUGUGCUCAAGACGACGAUGAGAAGUGCACGUGUAAUCAGAAUUUUAACCCUGCUGAUUAUAUAAUGGAGCUUCUAAAUGAACCAACUUAUAAGCAAAAGCUAAUCCGAGCUUAUGCUCGUCAUAUAGAAUCCGAUCCAUCUGGAACUCAAAUGGUCAAUAGAUAUUCUAAUCGAUCCCUUGACGCAUCAUUAUCUGACAAAGAUAUAAUAAUGCCGGGUCGGUUGACCUCAAAGUAUCUAUGGGAAGCAACCUUUUUACAACAAUUUAAUUUGGUUUCAGUUACCCUACGUUGA